AUGGGCGUUCUCACCCUCCAUGAAGAUCGGCCAACACCCAAGUCCGUCUACAAUUGGCGUGUGUAUGCACUCGCCGGUAUCGCAUCAUGCGGUUCCAACAUGAUCGGUUAUACCAGUGCCUUCAUCGGUACCACCAUCACAUUGAACUCCUUCAAGGUGGAAUUCGGUCUUGACAAGUUAAGCACGGCCGAACGGAGUCUGAUCAGCGAGAAUAUCGUCUCGCUCUUCAUCGCCGGUGCCUUCUUCGGUGCUCUUGGAACAUACGCCCUGGGUCAUUUUGUUGGCCGCAAGUGGAGCUUAGCUGUUGCAGCUGCUGUCUUUGCUCUUGGAUCUGGAUUGCAACUCGGUGCCAACAGUGCCCGAGGACUGGGUAUUCUCUACGCUGGCCGUGUACUAUCCGGUGUUGGCACCGGUGUUGCUUCGAAUAUUAUUCCCAUCUAUCUUUCCGAGCUGGCGCCACCGGCGAUCCGAGGACGGCUGGUCGGUCUGUAUGAGCUAGGCUGGCAAAUCGGCGGUAUGCUCGGUUUCUGGAUUAACUACGGUGUUGAGCAACACAUGCCUUCCGACCAUGAACAGUGGAUCAUUCCAUUCGCGAUUCAACUAGUGCCUUCAGGUCUCCUCUUUAUCGGAGCCUUGUGGAUCAAGGAAUCGCCCCGCUGGCUCUUCCUCAAGGACCGUCGCCGCCAGGCGAUGGAGAACCUUUGCUGGAUCCGCCAAUUGAACGCCGAUGAUAUGUACAUCACCGAGGAGGUCGCCGCUAUUGACCAGGCUCUGGAGCAACAGAAGUCCACCAUUGGUAUUGGAUUCUGGAAGCCCUUCCAGGCCCUCGCUACUCGUCCUAAUGUGAUGUACCGCCUGAUGCUUGGUUGUAUGCUCUUCUUUUGGCAGAAUGGAUCUGGUAUCAAUGCCAUUAACUAUUACUCGCCCACCAUCUUCAAAUCGAUUGGUGUUGACAGCGAAACCACCAACCUGAUGACCGGUAUCUUCGGCGUGGUCAAGGCUGUGAUGACCUUUGUGUGGCUCCUCUUCCUUGUCGACCAAUUUGGCCGACGUAACCUCCUCCUUGUUGGUGCUGUGACUGGUUCUAUCUGCAUGUGGAUUAUUGGUGCCUACAUCUGUGUUGUCAAGCCCGAGGACAACCCUACCGACCACCUAAACAGCGGCGGUAUCGCGGCCAUUGUCUUCUUCUACCUCUGGACUGCUGUUUACACCCCAACCUGGAACGGUACCCCUUGGGUCAUCAACUCCGAGUUCUUCGACCCCAACUUCCGUUCCCUCGCUCAGGCCGCCACCACCGCCAGCAACUGGCUCUUCAACUUCCUCAUCUCUCGCUUCACCGAGCAGAUGUUCGAAGCUAUGGGAUACGGAGUCUACAUGUUCUUCGCUGCUCUCUCCUUCCUGGCCUUCUUCUUCGCCUUCUUCCUCAUCCCCGAGACUGGUGGUAUUCCCCUCGAGAAGGUCGAUCGUCUCUUCGAGUGCAAGCCUGUCUGGAGAGCAAACAAGAUGCUCAAGGAACAGCUCCGCGAGGAAGAGGAACAGUUCCGCUUCGACGUCAAGGAACACGCUUACCAUGAUGAGAACACUGGCGCUGUCGUGCCUCCACCUGCGACUACCUCCGCACCCCACGAUGAGGAAGCGCAGAGAAACGCUUAA